UCGUCACCUCUCUGCCUGGGGUUCCCAGAUGGGGCGGCCUGGUGCAGUAGAAGGUUGUGCAACCGUCUCGGAUAAAAUGUGCAAUAAAAAUGGUAGACGCUUCUGCUGCUUUACGCCGCCUUCUGUUCCGGUGCGGGGCUGCGGCAGCGAAGGCCGCCAGGCGGUAGGGGGCGCUCGCGCGGCGACGGGAAGGCGGAGCCUGCGCAGCUGCGCCGACAAAAUGGACGACUCGGAGGACGAGUUUCGCUCGCGGGUUCCGCCGGGGCGGCGGCGGCGGCCUCGCGGGAUAGGCACAGCUGCUGCUCUCGCUGCCGGGCCUCCAGCCCUCCCGCCGGGCCGCGGGCUAAAGCGGGGCGGCGCCCCUUCGGCGGCUCGGCCGGCCGGAGGGAAGAGGCGGCGGGCGGCGGGCGGGGAGACGCUGGAGGCCGCGGCCAGGUCGCGCGCAGAGGUCGGGCUCGGCGGGAAGCGGCCCAAGGCGGAGACGAGGGGCUGCAGGAGGCCGCCUCCGCUGCUGCUCCAAAGGCCGGAGGAGGCCCGCCGAGGACUCGAGGCCCGAGCGGCCCUGCUGCUCUCGGAGGCCCCGGCCGCGCCCCACACGCCCCCGCUGCCCGUCAGCCGUUGGGACGGGGGCCCGGCGGCAAGCCCGGCCGGCUGGCUGUGGGAGCUGAGCUCGUUGACGACCGUCACCCCUCGGGGGGCCGAUCAGAGGCCGGAGUUCCGCGCGCCUGGUGCCCCAGCGGAGUCUCCGGAGACGGAGCGUUUCUCAAGCAGAGCCGGUGAAUGCUUUGAAGGCGGCCGUCCGAGAGAUGCCGAUACCUUGCAAGAUCUCGUGGAGUUGGCCGGGGAAGGACUCACGUUCACCCAGUGGAGCCUUGAUAUUGGGCGGCCGGAGCCCCCGGAGCAAGAACAGAUGCCAGGUGUUCAGCAAAAGGCUUUUACUCGGUUAUUGGAGAAGCAGCAGCAGCAGCAGCAACUAUUCCAAAAUUGCUCUUAUGAAAAAUUCCCUCUUGGCUCACUGGCUGUUGCCUUCAAGGAGAUGGUCAAUAAUCCUCAUUUGAGCGAUAUCCAGAUCCAGGUGGACAGUGGGGAAGUCUUCUAUGCCCAUAUGUUUGUAUUGUAUGCACGGUGUCCUCAGCUUUUACAAUUUGUUGACCACAGAUGUUUUGUGGUGGCUGAAGAAGGAGAAGUCAGAACCUCCCGUGUGCUGUUACAUGAUGCUCCAGGUGAUGCUGUUGCUCUGUUCUUGAAGUACCUUUACACAGCUGAACAUUUCGUACCUCAACAUUUGCUGUCAGAUGUGGUUGACCUGGCAAUAAGGUUGUACCAAGAGAGGAGAAAGAAUAUUUAUGUAUAUUUGCAUGGUUGCAGGUUUGGAGUGAAAGAAUUGGCGGUUCUGUGUGAAGGCCAAUCUAGUGAAGAGAUAUCUGUAGAAAAGCCAGUGGAUGAUAAAGACAAAGUUGGAAAUUUUGAGGAACUUUUGAAAUCCAUGUGGCAAGAUGAAGAAACCGCAGCAAAAUCUGUAUGCAGAGAUGAAAUCAAUGACAGUAUGAAUGAGCAGGAACUAGAGGAGAUUUAUGAGUUUGUGGCUACCCAGCGCAGAAUGACCUCUGAUGAAGUGAGGAAGGAAAAGGUCUGCACUGAAUGCAGAUAUGAUGAAGUGGAAAAGAAGAUUAGCCAAAUUGGUGGUUCUUGCCCAAGAAAAGCACUGGAGAAGCCCAGAAGAGCCAUGACAAUUAAGGAAGGUGAAAUAAAAUGUGAUCUAGAGUCAUCCAAAUUGAAAACCUCUAAUGCCAGCAUGGAAAAAGAUCUGAAAAAGUAUUCUGUUGAGUUCCAGCUGGAUUUUAAGGAAAUAGUGUCCUUUGGAGCAAGUACUAGAAAAGAACCUACAAGUGAGAUUCAUCUCGGGUUGGCUGUGGAUUCCACUCAUAGUAAUCAUCUGGAGAGGUCUGCAACCCAAUUUUCUGUCUCAGAAAUGAAAUGUUCUCUCUGGAAGGAGAAUAUUAACAUAGCCAACAAUGAAACCACAACAAGAAAUUUUCCAAGACUUUUUCAAGAGUCAGCAAAAGAUCUCCAGAUUACUUUGAUAACAUCUGCAUCACAGCCAAACAUAUUAGAUAGGCUUCCCUCUCAAAAUGGUAAGCAAGAGAAUAUAAAUAGGAAGGGAGAAGCUCCUAUUGGCAGCCUAGAGAAGUCUGGUGUGGUGAAUCCUCAUGAACUGAAUAUUACGAGUGACCAUAUUGUAGUACUGGAUUCUGAUGAAGAGCUGGAACAGGAGGCAGAAAAGAAACAGGCAGAGGCCGCUUCAAGCUUCUCUGAGCAACAAUCAUGGCAUAAAGUGAGCGCUGUUGCCAAUGUGAACUGCUGGAGCCCAUCUCCACCACAGCAGGAUGUAGGUAAAGUGGCAGAUAGAGUGGACACACUAAUUUGUAAUGAGGUACAAUCUUUGGAUGAAAGCCAUCAGCCCUUGAACCUGAGUAGUUACAGAGAAGGCAGCUUCUGGGAAGGUUUAGACAGGAGUGAAGGAAGGACAUUGGUGGUGCCUGAAACUCCUCUGCCAGCCUGGAAUAGCUUGGAUGACGUGCAGGUUGAAAAAUCCAGGUUGAAUUCUUCUCUUAAAAAGCAGUGGACUCAUGAAACCCAGACGAAACCGUUGUCUUGCAGCUAUAAACCUCUACCGGUGCUUUCAUCUACUUCUUUGCUCAAAGUAGUGAAACCUAACAAUGGCCUGUGUGCAACAGAGAGAGAUGUGGUUGUGGAUGACAGUGAGGAGGAGCAGGAAGCAGUGCCACCAUGCUCAAAGGGCAUCUUUGUAGAAUCUUUGGAGGUAAGAACUCCAAAUGCCAGAAAUCCAUUGAAGGCCUCUGUGCACAUGUUUGACAUGCAGGACAAUCACCCUGUGAAUGUUGCUAGUAGUGUAGCUAAUUCAGCAGCCACGUUCCAUUUUGGAGUGGGAGAUUUGCUACUGCACAAGUCUCAGAAUUGGCCUGGAAAAGACUCUGACAGCAAUGAAGCUCUUCCUGCCUGCUCAAGUUUGUCAGCUUCCAUUCCUGUUUCAAAGAUUUCUGUCACAGAUCUUGCCUGCCAAGCCAGGGACAUCUCUUGCGUUUCUCCAUUCAUGCCCUUGCCACCUUACUCAAGCAUGGACACCCCAGAGUUGAAGAAGGAAUUGAGCAGAUUUGGUGUCCGUGCUCUCCCAAAGCAGCAGAUGGUUUUAAAACUGAAGGAAAUUUUUCAAUUUACUCACCAACAGGCACGAACCGACUCUAAGAAAAAAUCUAUGCCAGUUGCUACCAGUUCUUUUCAGAAACUGGAGCAGAAACGUCUUGCCCCUUAUCGACUGCUUCAGGGGAACCCAAAUACAACUAACCUUACAGAUCUCUCUGAAGGAGGCGCUCAGAGGCCAGAGGCUGGACUUGGGUGGCCAAAGAGAGCUGCUUUUCCUGCGAAGAGAUUAGCUGAUGGAGAGGGCAAUGGAGAUCUAAUCCUGACAACUUCUCAAGUGUCAGCUGGCACAACAGGAACUGGAAAUGAGACUUAUGCAGCAUUUCAAAGUUCAUCUGUGGAGUUUAAAAUCAGCACGCUGUCAGAGAAAGAAGAAAAUGUACCAGCCUCUCAGAUUGCCGCUAGUGGUGAGGGUCAGCAACUGGAAUUCUUGAAGCACUAUAUUCAUUCCAACCCAUCUCUUUGCCAGCAAAUUCUGCUGUAUCAGCCCAUUGAACUUUCUGUACUGCAUGCAGAACUGAAGCAAAAUGGCAUAAGGAUUUCAUUGGACAAGUUACUGGACUUUUUGGAUGCAAACUGCAUCACGUUUACCACUGCAGAAGCUAGGAGAGAAAAACAACACCACCUCCAUAGAUCCAAGAGAAAGGGACAAAGGUGAUGCUAAGCCCUUUAGAUAUUCUCCCAAAAUGUGAACUCCUGGAGAUUUUUUCCUCUGCAACUUUCCAGUCACCUACCUCUUCUCCUUUUUCAUGUUUAUGUAUUUUUCUUUGCUCAAUCCUUUUUUCGGGGGAAAUCUGUGUUGGGGUUUGAAGUGAGUUUGAUCCCUUACAGCCAAACUUUGGCUUGGACAGUGGAUAGCCUGCAUCCCCAGAGCAGCUUUGGACAAGUGUGUUGAUUGCAGGGGUAGUCUUCAGUCCACUUUCUUGUUGACUUAGAUAUAGGUAGUCUCUAUUUGGUAAUAAAAGACAUUGUCUAUGGAUUUAAGUUUUCUACAGACUGCAGCUGAUGUGGACAGGUCAUGCUCAAUUUGGUUAAGUCAAAACUGCCUUCUUGUCCAAAUUGAAGAUUUUGAGAAGGGAUGUCAGAGUUGGUCACUUGCAACAGCUGUUCUCAGCCUUGCAUCCAAUCCUGAGGAAUGAUUUCAGCAUACAUGUUGGGACACUGUAUCUUCGGCAUAUCCUUACCCUGAGGGCUGGCUGAUGGAGGGAAAAACAUACUCCUUCAUUUGCAAAGAUAACUUUCAAGUUUAUGUCACCCGAGACUACCACCCAAGUAAUUUAUUACAAAAUUGUCUCCCAGGUGUUGUAGUGUAAAAAAAUGCAAAGCUGGGAAGAAGACAGCAAGAUGAUGUGAUGUGAGAGGGCAGCAUUUUUACUGAACACUAUAAAUUUUUGCUUCUCAAAGAUUUGGGAGGACUGGAGCCAAACUGUUAAUGCUUGCAUGUGGAGAUGGUAAUGCAAGUCUUCUUUUAGACUGCUUAAAUUAUACAAUUGAUUUCAUUUCUUACCUCCUCCCCAUUAAAAAAAGCAAAUUAUUUUAUGUACUAAAUGUGAACAUUUUUUUGGAAGUAUCAUUGGUCCCACGUUGCAAUUUUUUUAACUGUUGCUACCCAGAGUGAUAUAUAUAAGAUGGGCAGCCAUGUUUAUUAAAUAAACGUUAAAAUUAUGUCAUGCCCUUA